AUGUGCGACAUCAACAUCAUCAUGCCUCAAGGUAGGAUAGGGAGGAUCACCAGGGCAGACCUUCGUCAGGCUUUGGAAGUCCCCCAGUAUAACCUGAGGGGUCCCCAGGGCUCCUGGUCCAGCCGCAGGGAGCCCCACACCCCCAGGCCCCGUCUGAGCCCAGCCCAGGUUAGAGAGCUCCUGAUCCUGCUGGACCCAGAGCACACUGGGGUCAUCACUCAGCCUAGCCUGGAGCUGCUCAAACCCAGGAGGGUGCACUCUUCCCCGGGGAGGGAGACACUACACACCCCUACUGGAGGAUGGAAGGAGGAGAUCAUGGAGGAUGCGGCUCAGGUGAAGGGCUUGCUGCGUGAUAAGCUGAGUGAUCAGAUAGGUCCCAUGCUGGAGGCUUUAGGGGACUGUGACCCUCGAGAGACAGGAUCUGUUCGCAAUGAAGACCUGAGAAGGAUCAUACAAUGUUAUGGCCUGCCCCUCUCACACACACACUUCAACAAGCUGUGUGAGGCUGGUUUAGACCCAGGGUCAUGCAGGGUCAGGUACAGACAGUUCCUCAGGGCCCUGGGCCUGCCUACAGGAGAGACACAGACAGGCACUAUACACUACCCCCGCAAGGGCUCUGGCAGACUGAACUAUCAAGCCCAGAAUGCCUUGGUGAACAACAAGCCAGUGCAUUCCCCCAGCGCCACUGUGGGGGGUCCAAGGGUUCGCAUGGUGGAGAACAUUAUGUUCAGGAAGCUCAAAGAGAGGCUGGACCACAGACAUGUUACCCUCAACGACCAUAUCCAGGCAAUGGCCAGAAGCUCAGACGGAAUGCUGUCGUUGAGAGAUCUAAAGAAGAUACUGGAUGAGAGCUGGAUCACCUUGGAUGAGAAGCAGUUCCGCAAGCUCAACGUAUCGCUUGGUUUCAAAGACGGAAAAAUGUCCUGUUCGGCUUUCCUGGAUAAGUAUGAUGAGCACCAGGCCAGAGAGCAGAACCAGGCCUCGGGGGGUAACCAUGGUAACCUACGGGCUAAGCCACGCCUCCUGACAGCGGAGGACUGCCUCGGUGUGAUCAAAGAGAAGAUCGAAAACAUCCACGGGGACAUCCUGUCAGCGUUCCGUGUGAUGGAUCAGAACUGUGACAGGGUGGUGGACAGGCAUGACUUCAGAGAGCUGUAUGACAGUCUGGGCCUGGUCACCAAGGAGAGGGAGUACCAGCGCCUGCUGCAGCUGCUGGGCCUGCAGCCUGGAGCCAACCUCAACUACCCAGAGUUCUUCACCCUCGUCCAAUCCAGCGGCAAGACCCGCAGGCAGAAUUUCAAGCCAGCCAAUGGGCCAGACCAACUGCAUGACCACUUGGUGUCCAACGCACGCCACAGAUGGACUGCUAUGUCAAAGGUGAUUUGUCGUUUUGAUGAAAAUGGUCAGGGUCUGGUCUUUAAGAAGGACCUCAGGAGUCUCCUCUAUACCUACGACCUCCCCAUCAGUCCUAAUGAGUUUGAGGAACUGUGGGCCAGGUAUGAUGGAGAAGGGCGUGGCUACCUCACCUGUGCUGCGUUCCUGGAGAAGCUGGGUGUGGAUCAACAGGAGGUGGGACAUGUGAGGAAGGAUGCAGACACCACUCCCACAGAUGGUCUCCCUGCAGGGGCUACGCUUCAGGACGUUGAGCGCUUGGUGCAGGGUAACUGUGAGGGGUUGAGCAGUGCUCUGACCCGCCUGGAUAAGAAGAGAGAGGGCCUAGUCAGGGUGGAGGACCUACAGAGUCUGCUCCAGAGAUACAACUGUCCCCUACACAGACACCAACUCACCCACCUCCUACACACACUCAAGGUUCCAAUGGACAGUGAGGACAGGACGUUGUCAUACGUGGACUUCCUGAAGGCGUUUGACCACGUGACAGGGAAGGGGUGUGAGCACCCCCCUAGGCCCUGUGGAUCCCCUGACCCAGCCGAGAGUCUGGAGUGGCUCAGUCCUGAAAGAGCUGCUGGUAGGAUACGGGAACUGGUCACUGCAUCGAUGGAUAUACUCCACAAGGCCUUCUCUGCCUUCGACAGGAGUGGGAACGGGACAGUCACCCCUCUGGAGUUCCGGCGGGUGCUGGACCAUUUUUGUGCCCGCCUCUCGGACCCCCAGUUCAGAUUCCUGCUCGACAGAAUGAAGCUGAACUGGGAGAACCACACGGUGUACUGGAGAGACUUCCUCAACCAGUUCAACCUAUGCAACCUGGACGCCUGUGCAUGUGCAUCUGUUUUUAUUUGUUGCGUGUGUAUGCAUCUGUGUGUGCAGACCCCUGAGGAUUGGUCAGACAGAGUGGGUAAGGCAGGUUUCCCCGCCCAGCCCCAGCCUCUGCAAAUCAGUGAGGAAGUUGUCUCCGCCUGCCUGUACACCAUCACCAAGGAGAUAGUGGACCUAGAACACACCCAUAAUGACACCAUCUCUAAAGAGGACUUCAGAAUGAUGUGUGACCGCCAUUUCAUGAGGCUCACCAGUGACCAGUUCGAGAGGGUGUGGGAGAAGCUGCCAGUGAAUGUGCUGGGGGAUCUGGAGUACAGGGAGUUCCUGAAGCACGCCAGUGGAGCUGUUGCGAUAAGGGACAAGACCACAGACCCAGAGGACAUCAGUCCCCUGAAAUCUGCAUCACCACCAUCCCCUGGGCUCAUAGAUAUGUCACCAUCACCACCAUCCCCUGGGGCCAUAGAUAGGAUGUCAUCCUCCCCACCAGCUCUACAGAGACCAAAGACUACAGGCAGCAACCUCCAACGCUCAAAGUCGGAGGUGGGUGUGUCCAGCAGGGCCAGACGUCCGUCCACGGCUGGGAGAGAGAAGGAGGGCCCCCUGGUGGACUGUGAGGAGGUGGAGAGGAGGCUGAAGGGGGAGGUGCAGCGCUGCUGGAGGGACAUUCAGAGGAGGUGCAGGGAGGAGGACAGAGAGAGAGACGGAGAGAUCAGCACACGCUGCUUCCUGGACAUCCUGCAAAGCCUCAAUGUUAGUGUGACCCAGAAGGAGCUUGAUCGUCUGGCCGUAAAGUUCGACAUGAGGGACAGUGGGCGCGUCUCAUAUCUUGACUUCCUACGUCACUUCCUCCUCAACUUGAAACCGCCAGCAGUCAGACAGCCCUUUGAGCGGCCCAAACUACCUCUCCCCACUACACCGAUGAGUGGGGGUAUUCUCAGUAGACAGUGUGUGGAAGCCAUGCUGAGACUCUAUGGCCCGGUCCAGCAGUUCUGGCGCUCCUUGAGGCAAAACUUUGUUACCUUCGACCACAACCGCAGUGGCAAAAUCUCUAUCAAGGAAUUCAGAAAGGUACUAAGGCAGUUCAGAGUGAACCUAUCUGAGGAGGAAUUCUUCCACCUCACCUCUUUCUUUGACAAGAACACUACGGGGAAGAUCUCCUACAAUGACUUCCUACAGGGCUUCCUACACUGACCUCUAACCUCUGCUCUCUAACUAUGGCCCUACUGUAGGCUCCUGUGAAGGUUUAGCUAGUUAUCACUGAUAAAUCAGUCCAUAUUGAUCACUAUAAUUGCACUGCACCACUGAGUGAAGGAGGGAUACACAGAAUUAUUACAAAAUCAUGUCAUGUAAAUUAAAACAUAUUAAGUGAUGUAUUAUAUAAAAUAUGCAUUUGAGGGUUUUCUCCCAAUAUCUUCCCCUGGCAUGUCUACAUCUUUUUCUCCCUCUAGCAUACCGAUUUAUCUCUCCGCUGUAUGACUUUAUGAUACUGAUUGCUUUCCGAACCAAACCCAACCAAAUAAAGUGCUUUUGAAUGAUGUACGGAUGCUGCAACACGCAGGGGGACUGUCUUUGUUCCCAUCUGACGGGAAACGAAAUGGAUGACAAGGAGAAGGAGAGGGCGUUUGUCAUUCAUGAGAUAGACGGCAUCACCGUUGCAAGACAGAACCCAGAGAGAGAGAGAGAGAGAGAGAGAGAGAUCAUUAUCUAAAUAAUCUACAGAAAAAUGGAGAGAGUGAACAACCGAAAGGGCCAAUGGAGAUGGAGUGUGAGACCAUGGAAAGAUAGAGGGAGGGAUAGAAGGAAAAUAAAGAGAGAGAGAGGAGAUGGG